AGGAGGGAACUGUAGAUAAAACGCGCGGGUUAAUUAGUCCGGCGUUUUAAAGCUUUGCAAAUCCCUGGCGGCCACAUCUGCAAAGUACUCGCUGGCAGUUCAGGUUUGGGAGCCAUUUAUCUUCAUUGAACAAGAGCGCCUCACGCCCGGCGCCAAUGGACAGGGACUGUGCGCUUCAGACAUGAAACGGGCUGGAGCCCCUCAGUUACCUUGAGUGUGUCACACCAGACGAAACGCCUGUCUCGCCUGGCGGAUCCAGGGUUUCCGAGGGUGUGAAUGGGUGGGGAGUAGGUUUGAGAGAGACAAGGACCCGGCAACUGCCUGUACGAAGAGUGGGAGAGGGAGAGGGAGGUUGACCGGGGUGCGGUUGGAUUGAGAGGCCAGGAACUGGGUUGAAGGACAAGGCGUUGCUGCUGUCCGCGGUGCUGAAACUCUCUCGCCUUGCGCAGCUGAGCUCCAUUCAGAAGGAUGCUGUUGGGAUAUGACUGCAGGCCGAGAGCUUGAGCUUUGUCAGAAAGCGCUCAACAUUGUGACCGAACUCUGCUUUAAGGGGCUGGUGGAGCACGAAAGCUGUCUGGAUUUUUCCUACUACCUCCGCGACCGAGGCAGGCCACAGCACACCGAGUCAGACAUCUCCAUUAGCCUCCUGUCACUGGUGGUGACCGCCUGUGGCCUGGCGCUCUUUGGCGUCUCGCUCUUUGUCUCCUGGAAGCUGUGCUGGCUGCCGUGGCGCGAGCGGAGCGAGUCGUCCAACCACAAGGAGAGCCAGCAGGAGCAGCAGCACUACACGGAUAACGGGACCGAUGGGCACGGCUACAGCGAGGACUUCACCACGGAACCCGCAGCCUACCCAGAGUCAGCCAUGAAGAUCAGCCACACCUCCCCCGAUAUCCCCGUGGACGCGCAGAACAAGGAGAACUGCGCCCACAAUGUGCGCGUGCAACGGCAGGUCACAGAACCCACUUCCUCCACAAGGCAUAACUCUAUACGGAGGCAGCUGAACCUUUCCAACCCGGACUUUGACAUACAACAGUUCCAAAGGCAGGAGAAGCCAAUGGACAUUGGGCGGAUAAAGCCCGAGUUGUACAAGCAGAGGUCGGUGGACACAGAUGAUGGUCGAAGGAGCAGCCAGACCUGUGGCAAACUUAACUUUGUGUUGAAGUACGAUUGCGACUUGGAACAGCUGAUAGUCAAAGUCCACAAAGCUGUCAACCUGCCGGCCAAGGACUUCUCCGGCACCUCUGACCCUUACGUGAAGAUAUACUUGUUGCCCGACCGCAAAAUGAAACACCAGACUAAGGUCCAUCGCAAAACCCUCAACCCCGUCUUCAACGAAGCCUUCCUCUUCCCCGUCCCUUACAACGAGCUGGCCAACCGCAAGCUCCACUUCAGCGUGUACGACUUUGACAGGUUUUCACGCCACGACGUGAUCGGCCAAGUGGCUGUUGACAAUUUCCUCGACCUGGCCGACUUUCCCCGGGAGACGAUGCUGUGGAGGGACAUUCUUCACGUCACCUCGGAAAACGUGGAUCUCGGAGACCUGAUGUUCUCACUGUGCUACCUGCCGACUGCCGGCAGACUCACCAUCACUGUCAUCAAGGCACGCAACCUCAAAGCCAUGGACAUAACUGGGGCAUCCGAUCCGUAUGUGAAGAUCUCCUUGAUGUGCAACGGGAGGAGGCUGAAGAAGAGAAAAACAUCGACGAAGAGAAACACCUUGAACCCUGUGUACAAUGAAGCCAUCGUGUUUGACGUCCCUCCCGAGAACAUCGACCAAGUCAGCUUGUUAAUAGCUGUCAUGGAUUAUGACCGCGUAGGUCACAACGAGGUCAUCGGUGUGUGUCGUGUGGGGAAUGAUGCCGAGAGACUGGGACGCGACCACUGGAGUGAAAUGCUCAGCUACCCCCGCAAGCCUGUCGCCCACUGGCACCAGCUGAUAGAGUGGCUGGGACAGCCUUGUGCCGGCACCCAAGGAUCCAGCAACUCCCUCAAGGCAGCGCCAUCUCCUUGAGGAAGGGAAAGAGCCCACGGCUCCUGGCGACUCACCAAGGGACUUAACGGGAUCCGGAUCACAAGCAUUCCUGACAGCUUGCAAUCAGGAAAGACUGGAGCACCGGGAGUUCUCGGACAAAGGCCCAAAUCAGAAAUUGUUUUUUUUUUUUUCUCUCUUACUCUUCCUGGUUUUAAUUUCCCGUGCAUGAAGCCAUUGUAUUCAGUUGCAUGCUGAGUGAACAUAUCAUGCCCCUUGUACCCAUCACCCCAUGUCACUGUCUGGUGACCUGUGAACCCACCUGUUCAUUUUGUCAGGGUCCUUACUCACAAUGGCCAAUCCUACUUUGAAGACCGAUGGUCAUUUUACUCUCCGUCGUCCCAAUGUGUGAUUGUAUUAUUUGGUCU